CGUAAAGCCCAUAUGUGAUUCCAAUGAUUUAUUCCCCAUUGAAGAAAAGUACAUCCGACCGGAUGCGAAAUGGACAGCGAUCCUGGUGUCAUAUACCGUUCCAAGCACCAUCAUAUCGGUGUGGACGUCGGAACAGGCUCCGCCCGCGCCUUAAUCAUUGACGAGGACGGGAGGUCAGUUGCUUCAGCAUCCAAGGCCAUAGACGAGUGGCAGCCACAACCAGGCAUACACGAACAAUCCGUUAGCAAGAUAUGGGAUAGUGUGUGUCAUGCCGUAAACGAGGCCCUGCUGCAGAGUGGAAUCCAACCCGAAUCGGUACGCAGCAUAGCAUUCGUCGCAACUUGCUCGCUUGCUCUUUUCACCCACGACACUAAUGAGCCAGUAGCUGCUGGCGGAAGGGAGAGUACCGACAAGGACCACAAUGUCAUCCUGUGGAUGGACCAAAGAGCCAAGCUAGAGGCUGAGGCCAUCAACAAGACGCAGCACGAGCUCUUAAAAUACUUUGGCGGCUCGAUAUCAGUUCUUAUGGAGUUACCCAAGAUCUUGUGGUUGAAGCACCACAUGUCUGAAGCCGACUUUGGAAGGUGCAAAUUCUACGACCUCAACGAUGCGCUAACGUAUAUCGCCACGGGAAACCAACAGUUUCCUUGCACUGAAAUUUGUACCCGAGACGCAUUGAAUAUUGGUGUGGAUGGCACGGCAAAGGGAUGGAGCCGAGAAUUUUUGGAAGCUGUGCAACUCGAAAUCCUAGCUGCAGACGAUUUCAAAAGAGUCGGAGGCGUGUGUCGACAUGGAAGAGCACCUCCAGCUGGUACAUUGGCGGGCCAUCUUUGUGAAAAAGCUGCUCGUGAACUUGGUCUUAAGCCAGACGUUAAAGUUGGAGUCGGGACGAUUGACUCAUAUUCGGGAUGGGUAGGAACAGCGGGGCUGAGGUUUGACGGCCAGCACGAUUUCCCUCUGUAUUCGAGGAUGGCUGUGGUUGCUGGUACAUCUUCAUGCUACAUAGUCGCAUCACGAAAGCCUGUGUUUGUGGAGGGUAUCUGGGGCCCUUACCAAGAUUGGAUCUUACCAGGGUACUGGAUGUCCGAAGGCGGCCAGGUGGCUACAGGAAUGCUACUUCAGCAUGUCAUUGAGGUACAUCCGGCAUACGAUGCUGCCUUGAAAUUGGCCAACAACUCAGAUUUGAGCAUUUAUGACUUCCUUGAUAGACACCUCGAACACAUGCGAUCUAAAAGCAAGGCACCAGACAUAUCCUACCUCGGACGAAACUACUUCUACUAUGGCGACUUGUAUGGAAACCGGUCGCCAAUAGCUGAUCCAUCCAUGGCCGGAUCCGUGGUGGGACUGACGGGAGACAAAAGCAUCGACAACCUCGCUAUCCAGUAUUACGGCGUUCUGGAGUUUAUUGCCCUUCAAAUGCGACAUGUAAUAUCGAUAAUGAACAAAGCUGGGACUGAAAUAAAUUCACUCUUUAUCUCUGGUUCCGUCGCUAAUAAUGCUAACCUGAUCAGGCUGAUUGCAACAUCCUGCGACAUGCCAGUCAUAAUCCCUAGACAAGCAGGCGCUGCAGUUUGUUUUGGAGCUGCUAUAUUGGCGGUCACGGCCGCGAUGAAGACUUCCACCGGCGGCACAGGUAGCCUAUGGUCAGUCAUGCAAAACCUUGGUCAGCAAGGAGAGAUUCAGGAGCCGGAAAAGAACAGCUUAUUGAAAGAUCUACUUGACGUCAAAUAUAUUAUCUAUCUGGAACAAUGUGAAAGACAAAGGGUCUUCAGAAACAUGGUUGAAGAGGCGAUUUCAAGUCAUCUAGAGCGCCCUGCUUGAUAGCUGUCAGAUAUUACUAUCUGUCCGACGUAUAAAAUGUAAUAGAAUAAAAUUUGUUACCAAAUAACCUUUUAGUGGUAUAGCGGUUUGUUCGAAAAUAGCUUGCAAGAGGC